UCAACGAUGUUUAAUCUGCUGCGACGCUCGCGUCAGAGAAAGAGCAAAAACCACGACACAAGCGACGAAGAGGAUAAAAGUAAUAAAGAGAGCAGCGGCAGCCCUUGUCGAAGCAGCUGCUCGCUGAGGCAACGGCAAAGAGAGAAUGAGCACACCAACGAAGAGCAGCACAAUGGAAGAGCACAACUGCCGGCCCACAGACGGGCGGUGAUCGAGGAGCUGGAGGACUUUGCCGAUGACAGCGACGAAGAGCGCAAAAGACGGUCGCCGCCGCCAUGUGUAAAAUUAGCAAAAACAGCUGCUAAUGGCCGCCACUCCGAAGCAACAGCAGCAGCAGCAGCAGCACUCUCUCCGCUCCGCUCUGACAAACGGUAUAUAAAUAACACAGGGCAGGCGGUAGUGGCAGGGGCUGCCGCUGCUGUUGCUGCUGUGUCGUCUGCCGUUGCUCUUGAUGAUGAUCCAAAUGCUGUGGCCAGUCCAAACGAGACAGCCACUGCGAACGCGAACGCGAAUGCGAAUGUGAAUGCUAACGGUAACGGUAAGGAGAGCGGCAGCCACCAGCACAUUGAAAAGGUGGCCAAUCAGCUAAUUGGCAAUUGCCAUAGCCCCAAUAUUGGGCCACUGAUCGAUGGCCGGCCAAGCGACACAGACACAGUAGUCGCCCGUCGAGAGCGUGCCGCAACGAACGAAGCAACACCAGCGACCAAACGACAAUCAACGUCGCGCCUAUCCCUGAGAAGCUUUGUUGCCCUGCCACUGGCCCUGAGUGGCACCAACAGUAACACAAAUAACGCUACGAUCCAGGACCUUGACUGUGAGACAGCAGCAGCAGCAGCAGCAGCUGCCAGUGUGACAAAGAAACGGAAAACUCUGCAAAAGAGUCGCGAUUUUCUCAGUGAAAUUUUCAUGGCGCGUGGACGUAAUCAUCAGCGCCAGCAGCAGCAACAACAACAGCAGCAGCAGCAGAGAAAAGAAGAGAGCCACAAAAGUAACGAUAACGAUAACAGUAACCACGUAAUCGAUCAGGCAGCACUGGCAGCACGCCGCCUCACACACCUUGAAACGAACUCCGACCCCGCCACUGCCACUGCCGCCGCAGCAUCCACAAAUAGUUAUCAAAUGACUAUGUCUAAUAAUAGACCAGAGAAGCAUGGCCAGAGAGCAUCCGAGGAGCAUCAGCAGCAUCAGCCAGAGAGCGAACUCAAGCGAGAGCGUCGCAGUAAUUCAGCUGGAGCAGCACCGCAUCAUCAGCGCCCAGAGAGGCGAGAGCGCCAUCGGCCAGAGAGUGGAGAGAGUGGUCAUGGCAGACUAUUGGCGCGGUCAUGCAGUGCCGAGCCGCGAGAUGGCAGCCCCAGCAGAGACUUCAUUCAAGCGGCAAACGUCGUCGAGUGGCGGCGAACGGUGGCCCGGCACGCGGAAGCAGCAGAACAACGUCAACAGCAGCAGCCGCAGCAGCCAGGCAAUGCAACAUUGCAACAGCAACAAGGAGAGCAACAACAACAACAACAGCAACAACAACAGCAACAACAACAACAACAAACAAGUGACAUAAUAAUCAUGGGACAAACCAGUGCCAAGCCCAACGAAACAGCAACAGCAUCGGCGCACAGCUCGCGGGCCAGCACGCCGCGUGAGUUCCGUGAGUCGAUCGUGACUGCGCCUCAGGCACCGCCGCGCCAUCACAAGUCACAGGAUGCCACAGUGCCACAAAUAACGGUGGAGGAUUGCACCUUUGAGAGCUACAGCAGCAAUGAAGAGCCGGAGGAGCAGGAGGAGAAUGAGCCACAGGAGUGGCACAAACCGGAACCGGAAGUCUACCAUGAUUUCGAUAGCGGCCUAAACAUCGAAGAACUUAACGAAGCACACAUUGAGACGCUCGAGGAUGAGGUCUUUGCCACGGAUAUACCCUCCACCGUCUAUCAGAACGCCAAUGGCAGGCCCUGGACACGCCUCAGUCACGUCAAGCUGGAGAAUGUCCAGGAGGAGGCAGAAGAAGAGGAGGAGGAGGACGACGAAGAAGAGGAUGAGGAUGAAGUGGAUGAGGCAGUGGAUAUGGAGUAUCAGCACCACAACCAGGCAACCACGCCCAGCGGCAACUCCAGGCAGUCGGCCAGCAGCGAGCGCAGCGCCCUGAAAAGUGACUCCAAUCUGAGCAGCAGCUAUGCGGAUUCCGGCAUUGGGGUGCACGAAGAGGAGCCACAGGAGAAGAUGCAACAGCAGCAGCCGCCGCAACCGCCGCCGCGCAGCUCAUCGGCAACGUCGGCGACCCAUCCGCUGCAGCAGCAGCACCAGCACCGUCGGGACGGUCGCUCGCCCUUCACCCGCGACGGCUACUCCACGGACUGCGAGGAGACGCUGCUGCAGUGCGACGAACUCGAUGACGAGCGCGAUCUCAGCGAGCGGCUGGUAUGCAUCGAGAGCAUUAGCCUGCCGGAUGUGGUGGUGGAGUCAACGACCGCCAGCACCACAACAGCCACAGCCUCGACCACAAAUGGCAGCAGCAGCAACAGAAGUAGCAGUGGCAACCACAGCACAGAGGCACAGAUCAAUAUCAAUAUUGCCAACGGGGCGGGGGGCAAUAGUCUGGGGAACGUGCACUAUAUACCCAUCCACGUUGAAGGACGCAGUCGCAGCAACAGUCCCAAGCAGCGCAGCCGCGACGACAGCUGUCUGGGCGAGAGCCUGGAGAUCACCGAGGAUGGUAGUGUCCUGAACAAGCCGGUACGGCAGGAGCACUCCUAUGAGACACACGAGCUCAGAAAAGAGCUGAAACAGCAGAAGGCACGCUUCAGCAGCCAGCUGGACGAGGCCCACAAAAAUGUCCAUCAACUGGAGGCCAAAGUGGCUGAAAUGCAUCUCAAGAUACAGAAAUUUGAGCAGGAACUCUCCCUCAAGCAAUGGAAUGUGGAAAGACUCCAGGGCGAGCUGAGUGCGGCCCAAACGGAUGAUGAAUAUGUGCGAAAGAAACUGAAAUUUCUGGAGGACGAAAAGGUUCACUUGAGGCACAAAUACAGCGAAGAUCAAGAUGAAUAUCGGCUCAAAUACAACGAACUCGAAGCUCAGUACAACGAUCUAACCGAGAAGUACAAAGAGACGCAGGGUCUGGCCAGCAGCCUGCAAACGCAACUGGCGGGGGCACAGACCGAGGCCGAGGAGUGGCGCAAGCAGGUGGAGCACAUCCGUGAAGAGUUGGAUGAACAGAUACGCAUUCUAAAGAAUGCCCUGGAAAACUCGGAGGCAGAGCGCAAAAUAUGCGAGGACAAGUGGCAAAAGGAAUUCGAGAUGCUCAGGACCCACAAUCGAGAGCGCGAGGAAACCCUGAUGACGGACUGCGAAUGGCAGCUGCGGCAAAUGCAGCGUCAGUGCAAGGAUAAAAUGGACAAAUCCAAUUACGAACGGAAACAGGCCUCUGCCAAGGCCGAGGAACUGGAGCUGGAACUGAAAUCGCGUCACAAAGAGUCCGAAAAUUUGCGCGUGUUCCAGGCGCAGGUGAAUUCGCUGCGUGGCGUUGUCGGCGAACAGGAGCAAACCAUUCAAACGCUCAUGGAUCGCAUCGAAAAUCUGAAGAGCGAUCUGGCCACUGCCAACGAGAGUCUCGAGGCGCAGAUUGAGGCUGUGCACAAGAUCAAAUAUCAGUGUGAUAAUGCCAUCUAUGACAAGGAGCGUCAAAUGAUCUACAAAAUCGAUGAGGUUCGCAAUGAAGCUGCUGCCUUCUGGGAGAACAAACUUUACACAGAGAUGACAAGACUGACAAAUGAAUUGGAGUCCGUUUAUGUGGACGAGCGGCGGGAUGCUUUGGAUAAGCUGCAGAACGAGCAUAUCGAGGAGCUGAGAGCGCUGACCAAUCGAUAUACGGCCAAUGAGGAUGAACUGCGAGCCGAGAUCGAUGAGCUGCAUGAAAAUCUGGAGCUUAAGAAGCAGGAUUUCCUCACACUACGCGAACGUUCCGACAAUGCCCUGCUGCAGACCCGCAUGCAUUUGGAUCGGGCCGAUCGCGAGUACCAGAAUGCCAUGUGUCGGGAGGAGGAUCGUCGCGUCGAGCUGGAGGAGCGGCUCAAGAAGGAGUUCGAGGAGGAGAAAACCGAAAUGGAGGAGAAGUUCCGCGAACGCCUUGGCCAGGUCAAGGAUGAGUUUGCCAAGGAGCUGCAGCUGUCCACCCAGGACAUGGUGGAAUCCCAUCGCAAGGAGUUGGACUCGCAGAAGGCCAAACUCCAGGCGGAACGGGACGAGGCUCUGCAGGAUCUUGUGGACCGACAUCGCGCCAAAAUCGCCGCUGCCGAUGAGCGUUUCAACAUGUUGCAGCAGCCGGGUUUCGAUGAUAUCGGUGGUGCCACAGCGAGACGCACCGCCUUGUGGGUGCUGGCCAAGGGGGCGUGUCCGUAUACGCCCACACUAUAUGUGCUAUAUCUGACCAUGUCGCCACUGAUCGCCCUCGCAUGCUUGGUGUUCAAUAUUCUGGCUGUGCUCUAUAUCAAAUAUCGUCAUCUGCUCAACGAUUUAGAGCUUCGGCACCAGCGCAAUCUGAAGGACCUGAAGGCGGCAUACGAUGCCGAGAAGGCGGCGCUGGAUAAGCGUGACAUCAGCAAUGCCAACGAGAUCGAGCAGCUGCACCGCAAGUGCCGUUGUCUAACCAACCUAUUCGAAGAGAUGCGCAUGCGCUAUGAGCGUCGUGAUCCCCGUGCCGACGACCUGCGCGAAAUUUCCGAGCUGCGCACGCGCUGCGAGAGCCAGGAGCGGGACCUGUACGUCCUCACAGAUCGUUUGCGUGAAAUGCAGAACCAAAUGGCGGAGAUGCAGCAGAAUGGCAAAACCGUCGGCAAGUCGAUCAAGAAGCCCCCGCCCAAGACAUUGCCCACCAGCUGUGACGUCAUUUAUGAGGAGAACGAGGAACGGGAGUCCCCCGAGCAUGAGGCAGGUGAUGACGAAGACGAAGAGGACGAGGAGGAGGAGGAGCCGGAGCAGGAGCCCAGCGACACGGAGUCGAACCACACAAUUGAGGUCAAUGGCAAGGGAACCUGCCUCAAUGAGGACGACGCCCACCUGAUAACGGCUGUCUAAACGAUUUUGAUCGAUCUGUCACUUCCAAACCAAACAUUUUUGGCUGUUUUUGUUUCUCAAAAUAAAUCCCAAGCGGUGGCCCUGAGGGUCAGCGGGGGACCAAAGUCUUGGCACUGAACCGCGCGACAACAAAAGAAAAAAAACCAAACCAAACCAGAACGAAAUAAAUGUAAAUAUUUUUAACA